CGUUCAAAGCUUCUGCAAGUCUUUGCAAGCUGGCUGCACUUCUCUACUUUUGUCUGAAAACACCUCUGCAGUACAGCCCACCAACCAGCCCAUGCAAAGGAUGAUAGGAGAGAAGCUGUUAUUGCACAUAACAAUAAUGUCUGUGCUGAGUUUGUCAUAUGGACAGCACUCGACAGAGGAGUCCUGCACUGUUCAGAUCCUUGUCCCUGGCCUCAAAGGAGAACCAGGAGAAAAAGGUGAAAAAGGAGCACCAGGGAGACCAGGAAGAGUUGGCCCUCCUGGAGAGAUUGGUGAAACCGGACUUACAGGUCAGAAAGGCAUAAUGGGACAUUAUGGAAAAAUGGGCCCAAGUGGAAUGAAAGGGCUAAAGGGAGACAUGGGGGAUCUGGGUCCAAAGGGCCCUAAUGGAGAACCAGGUGUUCCAUAUGAGUGCACAUCAAUGAGAAAGAUGAUUGGAGAAAUGGACAUUCUUGUAGCACAGCUCUCCUCUGAACUGAAAUUCAUCAAAAAUGCUGUUGCUGGCAUAAAAGAGACAGACAGUAAGGUCUAUCUGUUGGUGAAGGAGGAGAAGCGCUACUCCGACGCUGAGCUCUACUGUCAGACGAGGGGAGGGCACCUGGCCAUGCCCAAAGAUGAGGGCGCCAACGUGGCCAUCGCAGGGUACAUAACCGAAGCAGGCCUGAACAGAGUCUACAUCGGCAUUAAUGACCUGCAGCGCGAGGGCGUUUUCACCUACGUGGAUCUCUCUGCCAUGACCACUUUCAGCAAAUGGAGAAAGGGAGAGCCCAACAACGCCUAUGACGAUGAGGACUGUGCUGAGAUGGUGGCCUCUGGGGAGUGGACUGAUGUGGCAUGCCACCCUACCAUGUAUUUUGUCUGUGAAUUUGACAAGGAGAGUGCCUGAGUUCAGUCUCCAUGCAGACGAUGAAGCAAGAGUUAGACCGAAAAGUGUAAAUAGAAUGACAAAAUGACAUGCAAGUUGUGCAAACUAUAUUUUCUACUUCCUUUUUACUUUUCCUUAUAAGCUAUUAUUUUCUUAACUCACUCAACAUCCAUUCUUUUUAUGAGAAUUUACUCAUUUUAAGUGCACCGUUAAUCUCAUACUCUUGUGAUUCAUAAGUGUUUCAAACAGCAUGCCAGCCAAUGUAUUGAUUUUUUUUAUGUAACGCAAACUAUCCAAUGAGCAAUAUUUGCAAACAGGGCCGUCAACAAACAAGACAAAUUAGCAAAUGUAGAAGGCUCUAGUUUGUGCAUAAAAUAUGAA